AUGUUUUCACUUUUGUGCGGAUUGUUGUUUUGUGCGCUGGGCUCCGGUCAACUAGCGAGCGGCCAGCCGGACGAUGGAAAGCGGUACAUCUGCCGGGCGAUACCCCUCAGCGGCGAUGCCAGUUGCCCUGUGACGUUGUUACCCGAGCUUAACGCCGGGAGCCAAGAAGAGGAGCUCAGAAACACUGUCAUGCAGCUACGAGAAACAAUUUUACAGCAGAAAGAAACGAUUUCCAAACAGCUUGGCACCAUCAACGAGCUAACCACCAAGCUGUCCCUCUGCGCCUCAGCCACCGACGAUAGGAAGUACGAGAAGGGGGGUUCCUGGGGGAAAGAAAAGCAAAAUACAAUGGGGGAUGUUCCUAGAGAUCCUAAUGACACCAUUGACAGUCUUGGAAAAACCAUGCAAGGGCUCAAGGACCGACUGGAAAACCUGGAGCAACAGCAGAUGAGGGCCAACGUGUCCGGCGCUUCGUUCCCCAGUGAGCUCCGCGACCUGCUGCAGCGACGGCUCGGGGAGCUGGAGAAACAGCUCCUGAAGAAAGUCAGCAACCUGGAGGAGGAGAAGAGCAUGCUGUCUAACGCCACAGCCGCGUACAGGCUGAAGACGGAGAGCACGCUGAACGCCCUGGUGGAGAGGAUCAGUGAGCUGGAGAAAGGGGGAGGAGACUUCAAGUCCCCAGAGCAGUUUAAGCUGUCUCUGCCCCAGCGGACCAACUACCUGUACGGCCGCAUCACAAAGAGCCUGCCGGAGAUGUACGCCUUCACACUCUGCAUGUGGAUCAAGUCUAGUGCCACUCCUGGCAUAGGGACGCCCUUCUCGUACGGAGUGCCGGGCCAAGCGAAUGAAAUAGUGCUGAUCGAGUGGGGCAAUAACCCGAUAGAGCUUCUCAUCAAUGACAAGGUUGCCCAGUUGCCUUUAGAGGUACGUGACGGAAGGUGGCACCACAUCUGCAUCUCCUGGACCACACGGGACGGCCAAUGGGAGGCUUUCCAAAACGGAGAGAAGCUGGGAACUGGUGACAACCUGGCGGCCUGGCACCCUAUCAAACCUGGGGGAGUCAUCAUCCUGGGGCAGGAGCAGGACGUGGUGGGCGGGCGCUUUGAUGCCGGACAGGCCUUCGUGGGCGAGCUGAGUCAGGUGAACAUUUGGGACCGUGUUCUGAAGCCAGUCGAGAUCCAGUCGAUGGCCAACUGCAGUUCUUACAUCCCCGGGAAUGUGGUCUCCUGGCUGGCAAGCAAUGUUGAAGUUUUUGGGAGGGGGGCAUUCAAACGGCCUUUGGAGAUGUGUCAGGAGCGGCUGCCCAACGCUUAA